AAAGAUGUUGCCAGGGAGUAAUCAUACAGACAUGAACUAGUAUCUGUUCCGAGAAUAUUAGUGUCACUGUGACUUGUGCAAUAUGGAAGCAAAUCAAACUUCUGACUGCAAGGAGGUCUCUGAUCUAGGGAGGGCAACAGAGGGUGACCCAGACCAGGCUCUCUUCCCUAAAUUUUCCAUGAAAACACUUUUUGGAUUUACAGCUAAAUUGGAAUCAGGAACUUCAACAGAACAAGCAGUUCUUAAAGGAUUUCAAAAUAUCAAUGGUCAUUUUAGCAGCCACGUUGACAAUCUGGAAGAGAGGUGCAGUAUCAGUGGAGAUGAUGAUCCAGGUAUACUUCCAGACAUGCUGCAAACUGAAAGCACAAGCAAUGUUCACACUACUCCAGAGGCUGUUACUGGCAACAUGUUUGCUCUGGAGGCUGAUGCCCCUUCCCCAGGUGUCUUAGGUGUGGUUGACUGUGCUCCUAAUGACUCAGAAGCUGUUGCUGGUGCCUCAGGAAACUGGAAGACGGAUGCUGGCAUCCCUGUUGACUCCAAAGUCAAUAUGAACACUGAAGCCAUCGCCAGUGUCCCAGGUGGGGCUGGUGCUUUGGAACUGCAGGGAAUGGAACAGAAUGAACCAUUUCUUUCCAAUUCAGAUUCUCCAUACUCUCCUUUGUCUGAAUUCAGCAAACAAGUCGACAAGGAUUCCAUUAUUGUUCAGAGUGCAUUGAUUCAUACAACAAGUGACACAGAGUCGGACAAUGAGACUACAGACCCAGACAGUAAUGAAAAUGUAGCAAACAAAUCUGUGUCAAAUAGUGCUGUGUCUUUGGAUGAUAAUGACCAAAAUACAGAGGAGCAGGAAACAGGAGCAAGAUAUCAAGAAAAUGAAGGUACUCUAAGUGGAGGUAAAACAGAGCAAAUUCUACCAAGUUCUAAAUUGCCUUCAAUAGACAUGGAUGAUAUACAACAGGAAAUAUGUUCAAAUGCCAAAAACAUUACACUAAACAGUGAGGACAGCAGUAGCCCACCUUCUGCAGGAGAAGAUGCUCAAGAGCCUGGAGAAGAGCAGGGAUCUCUUGCAAGCAAUUCCAGUACUGAAUCUCCUCCAAAACCAGCUUCAAGUGAAAAGACUUUUCAGCUUCCUGCGUUCUUUAGCGGGUUACGUGUACGGAAGAAAGGCACAGAGCUGGAUGAAACGGUUACCGAAAUCAAGCAGAAGGACAGUGACUUGGCUGUGCUUAAAUUAAGACAGCCUGUUAAGAAGGCCAAUAUUACACCUGAACGGAUAUCUAAAAGGAAACCAGGGGAGCCUAAAAAUACUCCCACUUUCCUUGAACAACUCUCUCAACUCUUAGGGCCUAAAACUGAGGAUAAAGAUUCUGGUGAGGUAAUAUGUGAAUCAGGGGGCAGUGAGGAUGUCCAAGGAAGGAAAUCUUCGAGUGGGGAACCCUCUUGCCCCUCUGAAGAGGUAAAACCAAGUCCUGCUGAGUCUGCGUUGGAUGCAUUUAAAGCUUUAUUCACACGCCCUCCCAAAAAAGAGACAACUGCUGACACUUCAGAGCUGGAAGCGAUAAAACGCAAAAUGAGACACGAAAAAGAAUCGUUGAUGGCAGUAUUUGAAAGGUCUAAAUCAAAAUCUGGUGAUGGAGCGACUGAUGCAAAACUAACAGAUGUAAUCUCCUCAGAACAGGAUGACAAGACUCCAGGAAGACUCCAAACUGUCUGGCCGCCACCCAAAACAAAAGAUGAAGAAGAAAAAGUAGGAUUAAAAUAUACUGAAGCAGAAUACCAUGCUGCUAUAUUGCAGUUAAAGAGGGAGCACAAAGAUGAAGUUGAAAAGUUGAAGUCUGAGUUUGAACUCAAAGUCUUCCAUGUUCGAGGGGAGCAUGCUUCAUCGGUAGCAAAACUUGAGGAAGAAAUUACAAAUUUAAGAAAUGAACUGGAAAAUAAGUUCUACAAGAGAAGCGAGGAAGCAAAGGAUGCCUGUGUAUCCACUGAAGAUGAUCACCCACCAAAGACGUACAGAAAUGUAUGCAUACAGACAGACAGAGAAACCUUUAUAAAGCCAAGUGAAGAUGAAAACCGGACAGUCAAGAGUAACCAAAUAAUACCUAAGAAGCUUACUAUACCAUUUUUGAAUAGUAGUAUUUCUGCCUCAACUGAUCAUAAGGAAACAUGCAGUUAUAGCCAUGCCUCAGGGAGUGUUGUAUCCCAGCAAGAUCAAAGGUUGCCAUUGCCACCACCACCACCACCACCACCACCUCCUCUUCCACCUUCACUGUCUGGUUCAAUCCCACUACCACCAACCUUACCAGGCUUGGUAAGCGCCCAUCCACCUCCACCACCUCCACUUCCUGCUGCUUUUGGGCCUCAUCAGUUAAUACCGCCUCCCCCGCCUCCCCCACCAGGGCCACCUCCAUUAGGAGCAGGACCUCCUCCUCCACCACCACCUCUUGGAUCAAAUUUCUUUUUAUCAUCAAGUCAAGGUCCUCGAAAACCUGCAAUCGAGCCCUCCUGUCCCAUGAAACCACUGUAUUGGAACAGAAUACAAAUAAAAGAUAGCAGUUCAAAUUCAGCACCAACUCUAUGGGACUCAUUAGAAGAACCCAACAUAUGUGAUACCAGUGAAUUUGAAUAUUUAUUCUCCAAAGAAAAUGCUCAGGAAAAGAAAAAGCCAUUAGCAGAGACUUAUGAAAAGAAAACAAAAGCCAAAAAGAUUAUCAAACUGCUGGAUGGAAAGAGAUCUCAAGCUGUAGGAAUUUUGAUAUCUAGUUUACAUUUAGAGAUGAAGGACAUACAACAAGCUAUACUGAAUGUGGAUGAUUCAAUAGUCGACCUAGAAACACUUGAAGCACUGUACGAAAAUCGAGCACAAAAGGAUGAACUGGAGAGAAUAAAGCAGCAUUAUGACACUUCAAAAGAGGAAGAAGUAAAACUUUUGGACAAACCAGAACAAUUUUUAUAUGAGUUAUCCCAGAUAUCCAAUUUUGCAGAACGUUCCCAAUGUAUAAUCUUUCAGUCUGUCUUCAGUGAAGGAAUCACUGCAGUGCACCGUAAAGUUGAUAACAUUAAUCGUGUUUCUAAGGGGCUGCUGGAUAUGAAGAGUGUGAAAGAAGUUUUAGGUUUGAUUCUGGCUUUUGGAAAUUACAUGAAUGGAGGGAAUAGGACACGUGGUCAAGCAGAUGGAUUUGGUUUGGAAAUACUUCCCAAAUUAAAGGAUGUUAAAAGUAAGGGUACUGGUAUCAGUCUUGUGGAUUAUGUUGUGAUAUAUUACCUACGCCAUUGUGACAAGGAAGCAGGAACAGACAAGAGUGUGUUUCCACUACCAGAACCACAGGAUUUCUUCCAGGCUUCACAAGUUAAGUUUGAAGACAUAAUAAAAGACUUAAGAAAACUGAAGAGAGAUCUAGAAGUUUGUGAAAAACAGAUGAAAGUGGUUUUGAGAGACUCACCUGAAGAACAUCUCCAGCCCUUUAAGGAUAAAUUGGAAGAUUUUCACCUGAAAGCUGUAGAAGAACAUAAGAUGGAGGAAAGUCAUUUAGAGAAUAUACAGAAGGGCUUUGAAGAAAUGGUGGCGUAUUUUGGGAUAAAGCCAAAGCCUGGUGAGAAGGAGACCACACCAAACUAUGUUUUCACGGUAUGGUACGAGUUCUGCAGUGACUUUAAGUCCAUUUGGAAACGAGAGAGCAAAAACAUUUCCAAAGAAAGACUUAAAGUGGCUCAAGAAUCAGUGAGCAAAUUAACAGCAGAAAAGAAAGUGGAAACCAAGAAAAUCAAUCCCACUGCCAGUCUGAAAGAAAGACUGCGUCAGAAAGAAGCCAGUGUGACCACCAACUGAAAGAAGACACAUGAAAAUAAUGACAGUGUGACUUAAUACCUUGCAUGAUGCCUCAUUCUGCCCAUUCCCUAGGGAGCACCUUAUUUUAGAUGUUAUGAAGUUUUGCUUUGCUCUUCUCUUCCUCAGACAAUCCACAAAAGACUUCUCAAUCCCUUGGCUUGUACAGAAGAGGGAAUACUAAGAAGUUUGUUUACAUGGGAAUUGCGAAGGGUUUUAUAAUAACUCUUCCUUCUGUGGCUUUAAUGCAGUUAUUUUCUUAAAAGUUAUUUGAAGUACUCUAUGCAAAAUGCACUAACGUAGAAAAGCGCAAAGUCA